ACCACCAGAAAUGUAAAGUACCAAACCUUAGCCUUCACAAAUAUCUUAAUUCCUUUUCGUGAUUGGUGCUAUAACCCAUGGGAUUGUGCUAGAGCAGUUCUUCCUUUUUAUACUUCUUUGGGAAAAUGAUAGGUAGACACUCGAUUCAAUGCACUUUUUGACACUUGAUUCUGUAAACUCGGAUGCUUCUUCAUUCUUGGCAUUCGUAUUUUAGGCUUAGAUGGUGGUGGGUUGAGGCAACAUGCAAAAGACCAUUGAACGAUAAUCUAUCUAUACAAAAGAAAUUCCAACUCACAAGCCUGAAAUGGAACAACACAUGCAGGAAGUUGUUGGGUCAAGGAUUAUGCUCAUUUUCUGUUGAGGAACUUCAAGAGAUUGGUAGCCAGCUAGAACAGAGCUUGAAAAACUUCAGGGCAAGAAAGGUUUGCAACCUUUAGAUUUACAUUUAGGCUAAAAGUAGUUACAUUAAUGAAUCAAUACAUGAUUAUAAGAUUUCUGCUUUGAAAGGAAAAUUAGUAUUUGAGCUACUGUCAAAUGGGUUUUUUGGCACAUUUAUAGUAUUUGCACUAUCGUUGUACCCUUUAUAGAUA